UACUAUGAUCUCACAGUCGUCUUCCCCGUCGUCGUCAUUUCCAUCGACGACGUCGCCAUCGUCCACUCAGGUUCGUUUGCCAAACACCGUGCUGCUGAAGGUGAACUCUGGCACCGGCACUGGUGCUCAGACCACUCAGGUGACCAGCGGGAUGCAAGCGGGACAGAUGCAGAGGAGAUCUAUCGACAGUGGGUUGCGUUGGCAGAAAGGCAGAGGCGGCUAUCAGGGAGCGCAGACAUCUAUCUCGCGUGUCCCAAAUCGUUCCGGUGGGCCAAAUAUGUUGCAGCAGAGGAUUCGCAUGAUGACACCGUCCGUGAGUAUAUCGCCGGUGGUGCCUAAAAAGGAACCGAUGGACCGUGCGGACUACUAUUCCGAUUCUGAAUUGUCCGACAUGGAAGCCGAAGAAGCGUUGCGCGAGAAGCAGAUGCACGCAACGCGAAAGAUACCUGGCGCCGCCAAAUACCAGAGACCGCCUAAAGGCAAGGACGUGGUAACAAUAUCUAGCUCGAGCGAGAGUUCCGACGAUGACUGCAUAGUUUUGAGCGAUCCCAGCGGUGAGGAGGAAACUGACAACGAUGACGAUCCAUCCAAUUCGGGGAUGCACACCAACGAUCGUUAUAACAUUCCAGACGAACACGGCCGGGUAUUGAUCAACGUGGGUCAUCCCGAAACCGAGCCAGAUGUGUACCUAGCUCCACAGGUUGCCCGUAUCAUCAAGCCACAUCAGAUCGGCGGCAUACGCUUCCUUUUCGACAACAUUAUCGAGACGAUCGAGAGGUACAAGACCAGCAGUGGCUUCGGUUGUAUCCUCGCCCAUAGUAUGGGCUUAGGCAAGACCCUCCAAGUUGCCAGCUUCUGCGACAUUUUUUUUCGAUGCACCACUGCCAGGACUGUCCUCUGCAUCAUGCCCAUAAACACGCUUCAAAACUGGCUGGCGGAGUUCAACAUGUGGUUGCCGUAUGAAGAUCCCGCCACUACCGCCGAGAAACAGUCCAAGGCGACGAACGUUAAAAUGGAGCCGGGAACGGAUAUAAAGCAUGAAGUGAAGGAGGAAAGUUGUGGCAAUCAGAGCGACAUGUCUAAUAUGUCGCGGCCUAUCAGUACAGAGUCCGCGCACCGCUUUAGUCAGGACGCAACAACAGCUGUCGGUGCGUCGCAACAACCGGUGAACGUUAUGCCAGAGAAUUCCUACGCGAAUCCCUAUCACGGUUACGAACAGCGCAACAUGAUGCCGAAUUACAUGCAGGAUCCUACUAUGAUGAAUAAGAAUAUGGUCGAGCCUCAUGUACCGCAUAUGCCACCGAAUUAUCAUCAGGGAGAGAUGCCGCAGAAUUCGAUGUACAAUGCGAAUCCGAACCCGCUUUCCAACUUCUCUGACUCGAUGAAGCCAGAUCCAGUAAACUGCCAUGGUAUGCCGCCCGGGCAGAACAUCACGGGACCAAAAUUCGGUAUGGAGAAUCAGGCCACCGGUGUUAUGUAUCCUGGCAUGGAGAAUCGGCCACAGGGUGUUCCCAUGUAUCCCGAUACGGAGAAUCGAAACGUCGCGACGAUGUAUCCAGGCAUGGGUAAUCACCAUCUCGGUCCAAUGUAUUCCAAUUACAACAGCAUUCCCGGCACUUUCGCGAACUACGGCAGUCAGACGAAUCAACAAGAACUAGAACGAGAACCGAAGAAGGAAAACAUGUUACCGGGAGGAAUGCCGCUUCCAAACCCAGAGGUGAAUGUGAAGAAAGAACCGGAGGAGACGAUCAAAAAAGAAGAGGGUACAUCGACAACGAAGGAGGAAUUAGUGGACGAGAAAAAGGAAAUGAUAGAGAAGGUGAAAACGCCGUACGAUGUAGACACGCCAAUCGGCAUGGAAGUACGCCCGAGGCAUUUCGGUUUGCACAUUCUGAAUGAUUCGCAUAAAACCAUGACCGCGAGAGCGAAAGUGAUCCAAGAGUGGCAAUCGACCGGCGGUGUUUUGCUAAUAGGAUACGAAUUGUUCAGACAGUUGUCUUUGAAGAAGCCCAAUAAAGCAAAGCGGAAACGCGGGCAACCCUACAAAGACACGGUAGAUGUAGAAGAGGAGGAUAAGAAUAAAGGUCUGCUGGACGAAAUGCAUACGGCUUUGGUGAAUCCCGGACCGGACCUGGUAAUCUGCGACGAAGGACAUCGAAUCAAGAACUCACACGCGAGCAUCAGCAUGGCGUUGAAACAGAUGCGCACGAAACGUAGAAUCGUAUUGACCGGUUAUCCAUUGCAGAACAAUCUGCUGGAGUACUGGUGCAUGGUGGACUUCGUGAGGCCCAAUUAUCUCGGUACCAAGAGCGAAUUCUGCAAUAUGUUCGAGAGACCGAUACAGAACGGCCAGUGUAUUGACUCCACGCAGCAGGAUGUACGAUUGAUGCGAUAUCGCGCGCAUGUGUUGCAUUCGUUGCUGGAGGGUUUCGUGCAGAGAAGAUCUCAUUCGGUGUUACAAAUGUCAUUGCCGCGCAAAGAGGAAUACAUCCUCCUCGUUAGGAUGACGCCUCAUCAACGCAAAUUAUACGAUACAUUUAUGAAUCAGGUGGUGAAAACGCGCGCGGUGCCGAAUCCGUUGAAAGCUUUUGCUGUGUGCUGUAAGAUCUGGAAUCAUCCGGACAUCCUGUAUCAUUUCCUCCGUAAGCGUCAAGCGAACGAGGAAGACGACUUAGAUCUGGAGGAAACAAUAGGAGAAAAAUCUACGGCGGGUGGCAAGAAAUCCAAAGCGCGCCAGCCGAAAGGAGAAUCUAAGAAAACUUCGAAGAAGGGCACGACGAUAAAGAACAAACCCGCGGCUAGUGUACAACCGAACGCUUCUUCAUCGUCAUCCACGAACGAUAACCCGGAGACUGAAAAUACGAACAACCCUCCGAAACAAAAUAAUUUCACUAAUUAUAAUACGAUGCCAGUUUCCAAUUCGGGAUAUUCCAAUUCCACAGGGAUGCCGCAGGGAUCUUAUCCUCCUCAUGGUUAUCAAAACUAUCGUCCGAACGAUCAAAACACGUACUAUAGGAAUGAUAAUAACAAUCACGGAGAAUAUAAUCACGGAGAGUUCUAUAAUAAUCAAGGACAACAAAGGUAUGGCAAUCAACAGUUCCAGUCAUAUACUCAGACGUCGACAAAUUACAAUACGUCGCAGGGAUACGCCAAUCAGUCGCAGAACUAUAUGCAGUCGAACGAGCAGUCCGCAAAUCAUCCUCAGAGGUACGGCGGUGCGGCGGCUGGAUCCGACUUCAGAUCGGAUCAGAAUCAAGGAAACAAUUAUGAGGCACCCGGGAUGUUUCCACGACAGAACUAUCCCUAUCAAGAUCAGCAACGCAAUUACACGCCGAAUCUAAACCAAGGGCCUAACAAUUAUCCCCAGGUCCCCAAUCAACCUUCCUUCCAGUCUCAGAUGCCGAAUCAGUCUGCGAAUAUGCCGAUGCAGGAUUAUUCAUACACCGCGAAUCAAAAUCAAAAUUACACGCCAGCGCCGGCUCAGGCAAAUCCAAUGUAUCCGCGUAACGACGGGCAACCGCUGCAAAACUCAACGAUGGGAUAUUCGGCAUCUCAGCAAGGUCAGCCACCCACGGCUCAAACACAGACUACUGGCUACAUGGCGCCGCAACAAAACCAGAACACGCCUCCUGGUCAAAAUCGUGACUUCUCGUCGAAUCAGCAGAAUCAGAAUCUAGGUUUGCAGAAUCAAUCUCAUCAAUAUGCGAGCCAGCAACAGCAACCACAGGGUGCGCCUCUUCAGGGCCAAACACAUGGCUAUCAUACGCAGGUGAAUCCGACUCCUCCGCAAACUCCACAUGCGUUUAAUCAGCAAUCGGCUCCGAUGCCACAAACUCCAUCUCACGGUUACAUGCAGCCGAACCAAUCGAAUCAGGGGCCCAUCUCACAGGGUCCGAUGCGCGGCUACACUCCGGCACCGCAGAGUCAAAUGGGUGUAGCGCAAAAUCAGCCCAAUUACCAGACUAAUCAACCCGCGCAAAACGUUAACGCACAGAAUCAGACGCAUAGGUAUCCUCCGGAUCAAGCAGGUCAGACGUCGAAUCCGCAGAACGCGGUCCACGGUUAUAGUCACCAUAUAGUUCCCCAAUCCGCAGCUUCCAAUCAAGCGGGACCAUAUUCUCAACAGAAUCAGCCAGGCCCGGCGGUACCGUCGUCGAACCAGGCUCAUCCUGGUUAUUCGUCAAAUCAUCCAGGUACAGCCACGAUGCCGCAGAAUUCCGCACAUCGAUACGGAGCCGCGCAGCAAACACAGGUAGCCCAGAAUCAACCUAUGGCAUAUCCACCGAAUCAGCAACAGCCUAAUCAAUCUCUGGGUCAGAAUGAUCAGCUCUAUCCUAGGCCGGACACCGCGGUGUCGCAGCAAACGCAGAGUUAUGCUCCCGCCGCAAACGAAUUUUCAAACGAUCGUUCGGGCGCAGGCACCACCGGUAAUCCUAGUAACAAUUACAGCGCCAAUCAACCGCAGACGCAGAACCCCGUUAUGCCGAAUUAUCCGUCGGACGGCUCGCAUCAGAACCCGGCGGUCGGGCAGAUAAAAGAAGAGCCUUAUUAUAUGCAGCGCAAUUAUCCGCAGACGUUCCGACCGGAUCAGCAAUGCAACGAUUCGUACUACAGAGAUCAGAUGAAUCCCGGCAUGAAUCGUUAUCCGAACAAUUAUUUCCCGCCGCAAAAUUAUCCAAAUCAGUCGUACGAUUACGCGUCCGGUCAUGGCACGGACAUGAAUCAGCGGCCCGACGACUCCAAGACUUCGCAGCAGCCCAUCGGUGCUCACCCUCCCAGUGCGCCAUGUGACAAGAGCAGCAAAGAUAUGACGUCCAGCAUCGGUGUACAGAGUCAACCAUUGCAUCAGAAUAAUCUCACCGGCGUACCAAGCUACACCGUGGAACCGAAUCGCCAGAGUUCGGCAACUCCCGCGCCCAGAUCGGUACCGGGAGUUAAUCCGGUGCACAGUCCUCGAUUGAAUCAGAACGAACUAUCGAAGGAGGAUGAGAGAGAAAAGGAAGAUCAAGCAGAGAAGGAUAAAGAGGACAAAUCCGACGACGAGACUCUCACGAAAGAUGAGGAAAAAGAUAGCAAGAGCUCUCCUAGCGUGAAGGAAGAUCCUGGAAUUCCAUAUGAUUGGGCAACAGAGUUGAUGAAAGGAUAUAAACCCGGAUUGAUAGACGCGUCCGGAAAAAUGACGCUCUUCUUUUGCAUUCUCGAUGAAGCUAUUAAACUGGGAGAUCGCGUACUCGCAUUCUCGCAGUCGCUGUUCACAUUGAAUCUCAUAGAAGACUUCUUAGCGCGAAAUAGCUUAAAGCAUCCGGAUGGCCAGACCGACGCGUGGAUUAAGAAUGUGAAUUAUUACAGACUUGAUGGAAGCACGAGCGCGUUAGAGCGAGAGAAACUGAUCAACGAAUUCAAUAACAAUCCGAAGAUUCAUCUCUUCCUCGUUUCUACGCGAGCCGGUUCGUUGGGUAUCAAUCUUGUCGGUGCGAAUCGCGCGAUUGUAUUUGAUGCUUCCUGGAAUCCUUGUCACGAUACGCAAGCUGUAUGCAGAGUCUACAGAUACGGUCAACAAAAACCGUGUUUUGUAUAUCGAUUGGUCACCGAUAACUGUCUGGAAAGGAAAAUCUACGAUCGACAGAUCAGUAAACAGGGCAUGGCGGACCGCGUGGUCGAUCAGUGCAAUCCCGAUGCACAUCUUUCGCUAAAGGAGGCGACGACGUUAUCAUGGGAUUGGGAAGAGGACAGCCAAGUGCAGGAUUUCUCGCAGACCAAAGACAGCUACACGGACGAAGUUAUGCAGUGUGUGUUAGAACGCUAUUCCUCGUUGCUUACCAAAGAACCGUUUCAUCACGAGAGUCUGCUCGUUGAUCGGAAGGAGAAGAAGCUCACUCAAGCGGAAAAAAAAUUGGCUCGUCGCGGCUACGAACUUGAGAAGAUGGCAGCUAAUUGUUCUAGGCCCAGCUAUAAUUAUGUUCCUGGAAAUACAGCCACGCGAGCAGGUGGAUUACAAAUCAGAGCAAUUCGCGGUGGCGAUGGUGGUGCUACGCCGAAACCUGUUGCGUCUGUCAGACCUAUGCAGCAACGAGGUGCUGAUGGAUUAAAUCCGCGAGGCGUUACUGGCAGUAGGUGGAUUCCGGCGGAAGUAUGGCAGAGACAAGGAAUGAGUGCGCAAGAAAUGACGCUACCUCUAGAUGUAGUUAUACCGACGAAUUCUCCGGAUAAAGGUAGUAUUGUUCUGAAAGCCGGUCAACGUGUAAUGGUGCUGAAGAGUCCAAAAGGCAUUUACAUGCAGCUUGAAUCCGGCAAAAUUAUAGCAAUUCGUACUGCGCUUAAGUUGAAUCAACAAAAGCGAGAAGAGGAACCGAAGAAAGGAUCCUCGAUGAUACAGAGGAAUUCUAAGCCCGAAGUUGGUUUCCCCUUACGGAAUAACUCGGCUAUUUCUAUCAUACCAAAGUCAUCCUCAAGUAACCAGACUGGCGGCCGGCCUCUCAAUAAACCAUCACCGAGCCCGGGUUACAAACCAUUUGGUGAUAAGGAAAUUUCCAAGAGACCCAAACCAGUCGCUACAGCGACAGCUAAACCUUAUUUGAGCCAAGUAAACUUGACCAAUCAAGUUUCUCUGUCGAGACUACCCAAAGUCAAGCAAGAGCCAAUGGAUCAUUCCACACUUGGUGACAACUCUAACUCGUCGGAUGGCCAAUUGAGAACCGAGCAACGCGUCGAGGAAGUCAGAUUGGAAGAUGUGGUGGCAGAAGUGAGCUCGAACACCGAGUAUAGUCCCUCUAAUCACACCCGCACCACUAAUUCGGAUACGGAUACAUCUCUGCCGAAAUCCUCCGAGGAAGGCACUCAGGUUUACACGCCUGAGACAGUCUCCCUUGCGCAAGGCGUUCAAACACAACAUGACCACUCUGAACCAGAGAUGCCGCCAACAGCUGACAAACAGUGUUCGCCGUCGGAGAAGGAGCCUCCUAAGCCGGACACACUAACAAACUACGGUCGGUCCUUUCACAGUCAAACAGAGAAACGAGGAAUUUCCAAUGAUGAUAUCAUUAUUGAGGAAGCGUCUCAAGCGGCGUCACAAAUGACACCGCAGGUAACACAACAGGUAACACCACAGGUCGCAACGCAGACGCACGCGAUUGCUCCUAGUCCGAUGCCUUCUCUGUUGACGCCACAACCAGUACCAUCAGUUAUGCCGAUACCAUCAACCAUGUCAAUACCACCAAGCUUAUCGAUACCGUCAAGUAUGCCUCCGAACAUACCACCAAGCAUGUCAGUACCAUCAAACAUGCCGCUGAACAUACCAUCGAACAUACCAGUAUCGUCGAGCAUACUGCCGAACAUGUCGAUAUCGUCGAGUAUGCCGUCGAGUAUGCCAUCAAGUAUGCCAGUAACAUCAAGCAUAUCGUCGAGCAUGCCGAUACCAUCGAGUAUGCCUAUACCGUCGAGUAUGCCGAUAUCGUCGAGCAUACCGGUAUCAUCGGGUGUAUCGGUACCGUCCGGAUCUGCAAGAGGCUCGGAAGCACCUAAAAGUAUCGCCGAUUCGAACACCAACGCGACAUCGACCGCUUCCGUGUGCACUAGCACCAAUAUUACUUCUCCAAAGAGCACCGAGCCGACUUCGAGUAUGCGAGACAACAUGAUCCAGGGUGAUCCGACGCCGAGCGUACCCCAGGGAUAUCCCUACGCUCAAUAUCCGAGAUACUACGACUACAGCGAUCCACGAUCUCGCUCGCUGUCUAAUCCCUAUGGGACUUACUUCCCCGGCGUUCCACCUCAUACGGCAAAUCCCAGCAGUAGACUGCCAGUAGACACGACGAAGCCUCAGCCGGACCUAGGCAAGCCUAUGGACGAGAGGAACGUGAUGAACGUGCCUACCCCUUACUCUUCUCAAAUACCGAGCAUUACUGCCAAAACGUUAACGAGCAACUCUGCGACGGAGUCUAAGGGUACGGACAGCACGACGACGGUGACUACUACAGUGGCCUCAGCAAGUAGGGACGAAACGCAUAUACCUACCGCAUUUAGUCAUCCCACUAGCACGCGGUAUCCAGGACCGUACCCGCCGGCCCCGUACGACCCGUAUUCGCAGCAUUAUCCACCGGCGCCUGGCUCUUCCGCAGCUUAUCCUCCAGGUGGAGCACCCGGUUAUCCAGCAUACGGUGGACCCAGCUACAACACAGAUUAUGCCCGCAUGUACUCGGCGUUCCAUGGUCCGCCUCCUCCGACGGAUCCUUACAUGCACAGAGGAUAUGCACCUCCUUCUUCGCAUCCCCCUAAUUACUACUCGCCGUUCCCGCAUCCUCCGCCGCCCUAUCCCAAUUAUUCGUUCCUGCCGUAUCCGAAUCCGAAUAUGUCCAGCGAGCCUCAACCACCCGCUCAGUAGGGAAGCAUCGCGGCUAAGGAUAAUUCUGGGUUAGUGACCACGAAAAGCAAGAAAACCGUCGCAAAGACUCAAAAAGCCGCGGUUACGAAGCUUAAUAGACUGAAGCUGUAAAACGCAUCGAUGUAAAUAUUUAGUCAGAAAUAUUGAGAUAUUAAGAGAAUAUUUGAUGGCAGGUAUGCGAAUACUUCGCAAUACCGACAUGUAAAUCGUGAAGGACGAGUGCGAUCGCCGUCAACAUUGAACCGUGCAAUCUGUUGAAAUGUUCAGAAUAUUUUAACUCUCUUGACUUUGUCAACGCCGUUCUUGCGAUGCGUUUUUGUUCACUAGUUAAUUACAAGAAAAUGUACUCGUCAAGCGGUAUAAAUUACUCUUUUGUUUAAUCUUCCAGUUUCAUAAAAGCGGCGUCAAGCGAGAUUUUUUACGAGUGCUUAGAUUAUGCAAUUUAGAUUGCAAUACGUUUCAUACAUAAUUGCGUUCCUCGUGACUUUUUCUACUUUUUGUACUUGCGCGCUCUUUGUCAGAUUAACCUUCUACCAAUAACUUCUUGACGUCGGAACUGAUGAUUUAUUGACGCGUAUGACUCUGGGAAGAUUGAAGGAGGAGUAAAUUGUAUGUACCAUCCGAAUGAUCGAAGGGAAAGGAGGAGCGCUGUAUACUAUCGUUUAGCUUCACGCGUUACAUUCAAUCACUUAGCUCAUUUUUGUAUAUCUUGUAUAUCAUUUUUGUAAUUGUAACGAAGAGGGGGAUGGUCACUACAACGGAACAAAAUUCUCGUAUCAAGAAUGAUUAACAAUCGUCCAUGACGCGUUCCCAAUUCAUGAAACCCAAGAAUUGGAAGUAACAGCAUGGCCAAAAGCAGACUUGCACAUGAGAUUUUAAGUUUAUAUCUUUUUCAAGACUCGAUUAUGAUAUUAAUCAAUAACGAUGUUCUACGGGUAAUAACUUAGAAUUUAUACGUAAGAUUUUAUUCUCGUUUAGUUGUUAAAUUUUCUUUUUUUUUUACCACGAUGCAUAUCGUUAUCUAAAAUUCUCUUGAUUUUGAAAGAGAAAUGAUGUAUAAAAAACUUCCAUGACAAAUUUUUCGCGUUUUUAUAUUUGAUCGACUGAUCCCCCUUCAUAAUAGUACGGCAAGAGUAAUGAAUAUGCAAGCUGUCUAGACAUUGAAACUAUACUAUAAAAUGCAGAUGAAACUCUUCCGCGCAUGAAUCUACUGUUCAGUGAGAUGCUUUCUUCUAUUUCAUCAUAUAACUUUAUACAUCAAAGCAGUACAUGUAAUUGUUACGCGAUUCUUGUUGAUUCGAUGCUUCUACCCUGAAAUUGUUUCUCUAAAGAUCUAAUAUUAUAAUAUAAAGCUCCGUUUUUGAACCGUGCUUUUUAUUCCAGCAAUAGGUCUAACAGUUUUAAUUUCAGUACGAAAUUUCGUCUUGCGAUACUUCGAGUGGAAUGAUAAUUCUAGAUGACAAUCUAAGAUCAGGGAUUUUAGAAAGCGAUAUCAAUUAAGUGAUAGGUGUUCGAGGUCCCGGUUUAGAUGAUAAUUAUAUUAUUUAAAUAUUAAUUAUUUAGAUAAUUUUACUCGAAAGGACAAUUUCAGGGUGAGAGCAAUGGAUCAUGCAGAGUUAAGUUUGGUUUGCAUUAUGCAUCACUCUUCCGUAAUUUUAAAUUUACUCUUUUUUUUUUACAGUGCAUAUCAUAUUGUCUGUACUCUUUUUCUCAAUGAGCACUGAAAUCAGUUGCUGCUCUCCGCGGCACCCGUCUACUGAAAUAUAUAAUUGAAACGCGCGCUGCUAUAGAAAUUCACGGUAGGCGAACGAUAUGAGAGAGAAGUCCCAAGUUCCUCUCUUCUCCUUGUCUAUAUAGCCCACAGUGUAGUCAAGAGUGGGGAGGAUUAUAUGGGGAGUAAGGAUGAAGUAUUGGCUGAUUAAGAAGACCAGACAAGGACAGAGUGCUACUUGAGACAUCUUGGCAUGCUCUCUCUCUCUCUCUCAUAUCGCACAGGCAGACCUAGCGCGCCUUCCAGUUAGUACAUAUUUCAGUGCACUCGUCACGCCGCGUCUACAUGUCUCUCUCAAAGCAUUUUUCACAUACAUACAUACAUUUUAAACGCGUACACACAUACGUACAUACAGUAUUCAUGGAACAUUUAGCAGCCAGUAAAUUACAGUCUACAGCAUCCCUAGCGAGUUGUAUAUGGACUACGUAUUAUACUAUUAAACGUUACGGUUUCCGAAAUAGAUAAUCUUACAGUAGAGCGUAGGAUUGUUGUUAACUAGAAAUGUCUUGCGACUUAUAAGAAAGAGGGAGAGGAAAAAGGGCGCGAGGAACUCGCCCGUCUCUCGGACGCGUAACGUAAUUAAGCGUUAAGGGGAGAGCCAUGAUUUUCAGGAGCGACUCUUCAGACUCGGAACUGUGAUAUUUUAUUAUUAAUCUCGUGUCGAAUUCGCGCUGCACGCUCCUUGCCCGGAAUCGAAGUCGCCGACCUUGGUUUCGGCGGGAAUUUCGCGGGCGGGCCCCCCCGGCGGUUCCCUCCCGCGACGCUCGGUCGAAAUUGUUGCAUUUACGUUAGCGUAAGUCAAUCGGGUGCACGAGAUGGCUAAUCCGUUUUUCCAAGUGGGACGCAGAGGCGCGCACGGGUCUAUCAUGGUGCUCCCUGUAUACAUUAUUAUAGACCAGUGGUAUUCAACCCCCUUUCGACCCCGGUGUUUCAAUAUCCCGAAAGCAUCCCCCUUCGAGUCUUUCGUCCCCUUUAAAGAUAUAUAUUUGAAAGAUAUACAUAUUUGAAAUUUUUUCCCUUUUCCCCUGCUACAGAAUUUUGUACAUUCUUCCGAAGACACGCCCUCGAGGGAUCGUUUAUGGAACUUUUUUUGUUUUCUAUGACGUUUUGCAUUCUCGUUUAGUACUGCGGCUUUCACCAGUUCCUCUUGCACGGUUUUGUAAGGACGAGGGGGACAAAUCCCCGUAUAAAUUCUCUCGGAACCUUAUGGAUAUGAUACAAAAGUAUUUGUCCCUUCUUUCUUUUUUUUAUACACGCAUCUUCGUACUUACCAAAGUUCUCUCUUUAGCAAAUCGCGCCCGCGGAUCCUCCUAGAACGCGAAAGUCUUGGCGCCGCCCUGCAGGGGGGCACUCCAGGUUGAAUACCUCUGAUUAUAGGACGAAUUAUUCUAGCGAGAUAAGCGUUCAUGCUGGAUAUAUGAUUAGUAAUACUAUGUCUCCCGUGGCGGGUCUCGGUGUUGUCUGUUUGCCGCGCGAUGAGACGCGACGUCCCCCUACAUCCCCCUCUUCCCCCCACACUCUCCCUCGUUUACUUGGACGUGUCGCGGCCGCACGUUUCGUAGGUUUUAAGUGUACAGGUGUUACAUUUUAAGCGCGACGUGUAAAGUAAGCUGUGCAAUCCCAUGCGAACAGGCGACAGGGAGACCGUCGCGUUAAUAAAAAUAAAAAAAAAAGAAAAGAAAGAAACGCGAGAGAGCCGCGAGCCCCGUAUUCCGUUGUUCUGAAAGCGGUCGCGGGGUUCCAAAUAUCCGGGAUUCGCGGGAUUGUCGCCGUCAUCGCCACGACCCAUCCUCCCUCUCCCCGGCGGGCGUCCGGAUGCGGCUUUGUCGAGUUCUGUUUUCGUGUAACAUAAAAAUCAUCCUCGACGUCGCCGUCAGACCGGAAGUCACGCGGCCGCGGUGUGAAGACGACGGCCCUUCGCGAGUCCCGUUCGCGUAAACGAAAAUCGCAUUCGAUGUUGUUUAAAGGGUUGAAUGGGGGUGCGAGCUCGGUUCGCGAAAUCGGCGGCUCGGUUUACUCUCGCAAACGUUUAACGAUAUGACGCGGUGACGAUCUUAAUCGAUCUUUAGCUUAUCGUUACGUAUAAUUUGUAUAAUUCAUUAUAUAAUUCGUUAUAUGAUUUAUUAUAUAUAAUUUUAUUAUUAUAUAUAAUUAUAUAUAGUUAUACAUAAUUAUAUAUAGUAAAAUAAACGCGAGGAAAGCGAUAUACGGGCAUUUCACUUUCGAGAAUCGAACUUGCGCCACUCUCAGAACAAGCGGCUCAUAUAUCUGCAGAAGGAAAGCAAUUAUUUCAUCUCUGUUAUAGCUUUUUUUUUGCCAUUACAUACUCUUGUACAUACCCAUUAUUUACAUUUCAUACUUUAUUUAUUAUUAUACAUUAGCCAUUAUUAUCGCUUUUUUUCGAUGUCAGAGUAUUAUCCUUGUGUAAAAUAAAUUGUUUACACUGAUGAGAAUAUUGUUUUGCUCAUACUACAUUGUUGCGCAGAGCGGAAGAGAGAUAGAGAGCGAGAGAGGAAUGAGAUCUUAUGUAUAUUUGUUUUUUUUUACAACAUUCAACUUCACAUUUCAAAAUGGGAAUAAGCUCGCGCUGGCCCGCGUUUUCGCCGCGUGUUUAACGCAAAAAGCGGCCGAUCUGAUUUCAAGAACAGGCUAUUUUUGUCGGGCAAAUCUCUUGAGAAGCUUACAGACACAAAAUCGUCCAGCAGACAAUAAACGAAUCUCACUAUCGUUUUUACAAGAAGUCUCAUUGUCAGAAACCGUAUAGGACUUUGGAAAUUAAAGUGUCGAAGUAUCGAAGGCUCGGGUUUUCGUGGCGCGCCAUGCUUCGGGAUAUCUGAAGGAAAAUGCAAGAAGUUUUCACGGCGAUCGGCGAUUCAACAAAUCUACGAUCUAAUUGUGCGGUGACGCGAAAAUCUGGAAGGAGCGUCUCAGACGGCCGCUUUCAGCGUGCGGCGAAAGCAUAUGCGCCGCGAUGCACGUGUAAAAUGCUUAUUGUUAGUAUCGUAUAGGAAUGAUUUGUGCGGAGUCGACAUUGUGUCUUUCAGUCGACGAAAUUCUGCGUCGACGUGACAAGAUUUUUUUCUCGCGACGCAUCACGCUCUUCGUCUGUGUACGUUUCAGGAUGACUAAAUGAAUGUUACACGCAGGCUGGGUUUAUUAAAAAGUUAUAAUAAAUUUGCCAGCGGAGGAUUAGCAACGCUCUCGUGUCGCCGUUUCCUUUUCUUCGUUUUGCUCUUUUAACGGAGCUUCGCGUUCCCAUUGUAAUUUUUUCUAUAAACCACGUUAUACCGUAUAUGAGACAAGAUGAGAUAAUUAAUUAAUGAAAUAAAAGUAUUCGGAUAUUAAACGGGCCUGUUUCCUGCGGAUGACUUGAGAUUCGUAACGCCGCUGUAUGAAAUCGUAUACAUUUUUAUUUUGUUCCGUUUUGAGAAGCACUACUCUCUUGUGGGAUAUAAUCUUCUUUAAAUAAGUAGUUGAAUUUAGAAAUGAUUUAUAUGUGAUACUUACAGAGAAUUACAAUGAUUUUCAUUGCAAUAUUAUGUUUAACUGGUCGACAGCAAGAUUUACUAUUGUAGUAAAUGCAAAUAAAUGUAUAUUAGAUAUUUUUCAUAAAGUAAGUCCAAGAGUAAGUUUUAUUUUUUAAUAUUAAAAUGCACAUAAAAUAGAGUGAAAUAGCAUGUAAUUAUUAUUUCUAAUUUCAUUCUUAUUUGAAAACGUGUAGCUCUUUGUUUAAACAAAAGAAUUAUACAUAUAUAUUAUAUGCUCUGUAGGGCACUACAGAACACCAGUAAUUAGCUAAAUAAAUUUCUUUUAUCUAAUUGCUUCUUUCGAAAAGAUAAUGAACCAGAGGUUGAGAUCAGGUGCAGAAAAGGCUUGUUACGUUAUUGUUGAUAUUAAUCAUAAAAUGUACAGUAGGUGGCGUUUGCAACAAUUACUUUGUAUCAUAUUCAUCAGCGAGACGAAAAGAGAUAAAUAAUUAAAUCAAACAAAAUGCACAGAUAGUGAAUAAAAUAUGUAAUUAAUAAAAGCAACGCCGAUUGCCAUAAAGUUCA